CACGACAGAAGAAGGUGGGGGACAAACGUCACUCUUGGAGCUUUGGAUGAGAGUGACCGCUUCAAUUUGUUUUCAUUACCAUUGCCAACAUUGCUGCUAAGCAUUCGAAUCGCAUAAGAAAAUGGGUACCACCGAUGGAAGCACAGUGGCGCCGUCGCUCAUGGCCGAUUUCCUUCAGAAGUCCGGCGGCGUAGGCGUGAUCGACGGCGGCCUGGCCACGGAGCUGGAACGGCACGGUGCGAACCUCAACGAUCCUCUCUGGAGUGCCAAAUGCCUCCUUGAUUCCCCCCAUCUCAUUCGCGCGGUACACCUGGAUUACCUUGAAGCUGGUGCAGGCAUCAUAAUCUCUGCAUCCUAUCAGGCAACCAUUCAGGGGUUCAUGGCCAAAGGUUUUUCCCAGGAAGAUAGUGAAGCCUUGCUUAAAAAAAGUGUUGAAAUAGCAUGCGAGGCACGAAAUUUAUACAACAAGAAAUGCAGAGAAUCUUCUUCUAAUUAUACUACUGAUGGGAAGGUUCUUAAAAAUCGGCCUAUCCUAGUUGCUGCAUCUGUGGGUAGUUAUGGAGCUUAUUUAGCCGAUGGAUCUGAAUACAGUGGGGACUAUGGAGAUGUAAUCAAUGUGAAGUUUUUAAAAGAUUUUCAUAGGAGGAGAGUUCAGCUUCUUGCUGAUGCUGGUGCUGAUAUAAUGGCAUUUGAAACUGUGCCAAAUAAGAUUGAAGCUCAGGCUUUUGUUGAGCUGCUUGACGAAGAGGACAUCAAAAUUCCCGCAUGGUUAUCCUUCAACUCUAAGGAUGGCAUCAAUGUGGUCAGUGGUGACUCUUUAUUAGAGUGUGCUACCAUUGCAGAUUCGUGCAAGACUGUUGUUGCUGUGGGAAUAAAUUGUACCCCUCCGAGAUUCAUAUCGAAUCUAAUUCUAUCCUUGAAUAAGGCUACUGCCAAACCAAUUCUUAUAUAUCCAAACAGUGGCGAGACAUAUGACGCCGAGAAGAAGGAAUGGGUAACAAAUACAGGGGUGUCCAAUGAUAGUUUUGUGUCCUAUGUGAACAAAUGGUGCGAAGAUGGAGCGUCCCUUGUUGGAGGGUGCUGCAGAACGACUCCUGACACUAUUAGAGCAAUAUACAAUGUGCUCUCGACCGAGCAAAACUCGGCACAUCCCAAGUAAAAAAAGCACAGACCGCAUGCUCCUUUCGGUUACCACGGACAGCAAACGGGUGAUGGUCGCAGGGCAUAUAUAUUUUAGGAUAAUAAAAUGUGCAGAGAGAUGAUCGUGUGAAUGUUGGCCAAUGGUUCCGAGCUCUAAAUGUGCAGUUUAUGUGAGGGUGAAUAUGAUGUUUGGAUCUCAUCAUCUUUGGCUCGCCGCUGAAUGGACUGCAGAGUAAUGGUAUUCUAUGUGAUGGUGCAUUUUGUGCAUACUAUACUCGGCAGAAUAUAGAUGGUUAUUUCUGUAAUUUGAUGUGUAUUUUAGCUCUCCCUUGAUAUCAAAGUUCAUUAUGUUCCCAAAGCAAAAUAUCUGGACAUUUUGUUAUUGCCAUUUCUUAAGUUAAUACUAAAACAUUAGAAAAAUUAAUGGUGAUGACUGAUGUUAAAUUAAAGUCUUAUUUUUAAU